CCUGUAUGGGACAAGCGGUUCUGAAAAUGUGUGUGUGUGUGUGUAACACAAAAGUCCAGGUUGUUGGCUCAUGAUUUUUAUUAUAAGAGGACAGAACCUCUGAAGUGUGGCAUCACAGUAGAUGAGCAGCUACAGCACCGCUCCUGGGGUUCAGAUGGGAUCGAAUCUUGCUUUGUGUGCAGUUUGCACAUUUGCUCUGGGUUUCCUUCCAAAAGCACGGGCCAAAUUGGAAAUUACAGGUGAAUUAUCGACUGUAAAUUGACUGUACAGCGUGUGAUAGCCCUCUGAUGGAGUGGCUUCCUCUCCAGGGUGUACCCUGCUUCACAAGCUAUAGGAACAGGCUCCAGUCUAGCGGUUAGCAAUAAUGAAUGAAUGAAUGACCUGUGAAAUGGAAAAUUAAAUGAUCGGUUUUACAUCCCGUGCCCUUACGUGUGUAUAUGGUGUUUGGUGAGCAGUUGUGUACUUAACUGUAAAAACCGUUUUCCUGCUAUUUAAAAGAGACCGAGAACAGUCCCAAAGCGGAGCUCAAUGCACACCUCUUGUGUAUGCCAUCCCGCUGGGAAGAGCCUGCGCAAGAGACUCUCGAUAAAUAACCCCCAGCACAGUACAAACGAGCGGGUGGAAGAACUAGGCUUGCAACUGCAGCAACUCCUAUUGUUGCGCUGAUGAUUCAGCUUUAGUAUAAAUCAAUGGCAGCCCCGGCGCCUCUUCACCAGCUCACCAGACGGCCUUGCCGGCACAUCCGGUUCUUCACCGAGGUGUUUUCACGGUCACGCUUGGUUACAGUCACGGCCAUCUUCAGACGUGGAUAAUUGGGGGGGCCCGAGCGACGAAGCAGGCAGGUGAGUAAUGGGAUUAUAAUUCUGGAGAAGGUGACACGUUCAGCGGCGUAAUUCCGAUGAUGGCCCACUUUGCGCUUUGCCGUCCCGCUCUCCCGUCUCCGUCGAGCCGUUCCUCUUUCUCCCCCCUUUUUCUUUCCACUCCAUCAGCGCUCACCCCCACUUUCUCCUUCCCCCAUUAACACAGCAGUAAUUAAGUGAUGAUCUGCUAAUAGCACUCCGAGGGGACGAUAAUACCGUUAGCUUUAAUUAAAGAUAUUCAAGGGAUGUAAAGACAUGGAGCCCAGAGGGUGUGAGCGUUCUCACUGUUAAUGCAUGUUCACAUGCACGCAAUUUUUAGUCUCGCUUCAUCUUGGCAGACAGUUCACGUAUGUCUGUACAUGUGCAUGCAGCUUCACUGCUGGGUUUUCUAUCCGUGCUCUUAUGCUUGCCCCCCCCGCUAUUAUUUUGUUUAUCAGCAGACAUGCACAUAGGCACUCGAUGUCAACAUCUUCCUGCAGCUGUCACUUUCUGCUCCCCUCAUGUCCCACAACAGCUUUUCCUCUGUGGGUUUGUGUCCAAAAUAGAGGAAAAUGUAGAGGAGAGAGAUGAGGAGAUACAGGGCAGCUUAUGCAAAGUCGCAGGAACAACAUUUAAGAGCCGACGUCGACGUGUCCGAUUGUCUCUCGCGUGAUCCGCCACCAACUUUUGUGCGAUGAAUGCUUCUUUGUUCUCCUCUCCCACUGCCGCGGUGCUCCUCUUCACUGGAUUAGUUUUGACUGAAGCCGGGGACUGGCAUGAUGUUGUUGUGGCUACAGAGGGGGCACCCGUGCUCUUAGCUUGUUCUCAGCGGCCACCGAAGGACACGAUGGAGGUACACUGGCAGUGGAAACCGCAUGGCGGGGACACCGUGAGCCUGGUUCUCUCGGCCAACGAAAGGCAGGAAUUCCUGGGUGAGGCAUUAAAGACAGAUGUGCGUCUGGCUGAUUCGGUUUCCUGGAAGUCGGGAAAUUUCUCUCUGUUCUUCAGGCCCCGUUCUGUGGACGGGGGACACUACAUGUGUCUGAUCAAGCAAGGGCAGAAGAAGUUGAAAGAGGAAGUCACAGUGCUGGUCAUUCUCACAGUUUCUCUUGGUCCCCGUCUGCCUGUCUCAGAACAGAGCACCUUGCGCUUGCAGGCAGAGGCGUCCAGCCGGGACGCCGUCUCUGAAAUGUCCUGGCUCUCUCCCCAUGGGCUCCCGCUGCGAUGUGAGACACUUCCCUCCGGGGCUGUGAUUGCCAAGCUGCCCCUUGUCACCGUUGCUGACCGAGGGAAUUACACCUGUCGGAUUCGGCCGCGGGGAAACUGCAGCAGGCCCGCGUUCUUCUUCCUGUACCCAGUCACAGUUGAUGUUUCCAGGGUUGUCCAAUUCAACCUAAGUUUCAACACCCAGCUGUCAAAAGCAUGUCUCGCACACACACCAGUGGUAUUAUCGUGUGCCCCUGUCCGUGGAGACUAUGUUCUUCUCUACUGGCAGCACCCAGACUCCAGGCAGAAGAUUGAGAAAAUCUUCACCUAUGACCGGUGGCGGCAGCGCUUUCGAAACUUGACCAAGUCCCGCCUCCACCUCAAAAGCUCCGCCUCUUUGGGUGACUUCUCCUUUGAGCUCACACCUCAGCCCGAAGAAGGGGGCGUGUACAUCUGUGAGGUCUUCCUCAACGACAGCGUCUUCAGCCAAGGCACCAGAAUCAGCGUGCUGCAUGUCUCUGUUUCCUCCAGACCCUCUGCACUGACUCUCACCUGCCGGUAUUCGGAGCGCUCGCAGGUGAAGACGGUCACCUGGACUCACGAGAACCGCAGCCGCAGGCUGGAUUGGAGCUCUUUGGAGCCGGGCAGCCUCAAAAUCAAAGUUGAAACGCCACCCGGCCCUGAAACUGCUGGGAAUUACACCUGCACGCUGGAGCUGAAUAAUGGGAAGAAACUGGAAGCCGUGCACGUGAUAAGUCUGCCUCGUGACGAACUCCCCAGUUCUUCCUUUCCCUCCCCCUCCUCGCUCCCUUUUUUGGGAUUCCUGCUUCCUGUGAUUACUGUGGCUGCAGGUGUGUUGCUAUGGAAACUCAGAGCUCACAACGCUCGCCGCGGUAUUGAGCAGUCUCUGUCAUAUCACACCGGAGAGGUGGAGAACAUCUAUGAAAACCCUGAAGAUCUGAGACAGACACAGAGUUCGGUGUACAUGGACUUGAAACCCACCAGUGACAAUGAUGUAUAUAAGGAGCUCGAUAGAUAUGAACAUUGCCCUUGCUGACACCUGACUGGUAGCCAGUGAUUUUGAAGACUGGAAAACAAAGACUCUGUUUACUGAGAAAUGCUGUUUUCAUCAUUACUUGCAAUCCACCACCUUUUGUGUCACUUUGAAUUGCCUUUAGAUGGUAAAGUCCCGUGGAAGGACCAAGCCCCCCUACGUCCUAGAACAUUCAUUCAAUCAUUCAUUCAUUCAUUUUCGCAAACCGCUUCUCCU